AUGCAACAAACUAGUCGAGGUACUCCAAAUGAACACGAAGCUCAAUUUCAGGGCAUUUUCGCUGGAAGAGACGCCAGUGGAGCCUCCGCUGGGAGUGACUCUGCUCCUGAGAACACUGAUGGGGUCGCCCAACAGCGAGUUAAUGAUUUGGAAGAAGGUCUCAAGCGUGUGCAAGUGAAUAUCCACGGACAGUUAAUUGUGAUGACGUUCAUGUUCAUUCAGGUUUUCUGGGAUAAUUAUUUGAUCAAAGCAAAGGGAGCUCUUACUGAAAGGCAUGAUUAUGAACGGUUUAAGGAGGUUAUUGAACCUUUCAGAUCGGUGGUUUUCAGUGGAUUUCAACUGCUUGUCACUUUAGACAAGAAUACUAUGUCGACUAUCCGCUCUAUGGCACUCGGCCCAUUCAUCCCAUCAGCUGAGUACACAGCCGAUUUGCUUCAGCACUAUCAAGAUCUCAGGUAUAAGAUUAACAGCUUUGCAUUAACUGUGUUCCCUGCCAAUCCUUGGGGUCGUCAGGCGAGUGGCCUCAGGGAUGAAGUGAUCCGUAUAUUUAACGAGGAUGCUCAACUGAUAGUGUACUACUACAGUCAUAUGAUGCCGUGCUUCUGGGACAUGGCUAUUGAGAGACUGAAGUUUAGUCUGGGGUUUGCACAUGCAAAAAUGGAUAUCUUCCUCGGUCUCUUAGGAACUUUGGCAUGGCUUUUCGGAAGUAUUCCUUCUGUGUCUGUACUGGAAAUGGCCACCGAAACGACGGCUUUUUUCGCAAACAUGGCCGUGGUUUAUCUGGAUCCACUCUUCAAGAAUCACAAGUCUUUGCCAUGGAAGUAUUGGGCAUCUGCAAAUAAAGUCUCGGUGGGCUUCAGCUCAUGUCUCUCAAUACUUUUGUUCAUCUAUUUGGUGGUUCGCAUCUUCAAACCCAGCCUUAUUCAAGACCUCCGAACUUCAUAUAGUUUGGAAAGAGGACAAGCGUUUAGAAAAUGGACUCGCAUCAGAGCGUCCCUCGACGGAGUAUGGCCUAAGGACUUCUCGAAGGAGGAUUUCACCCCGGUCCACAGUUCUGCAAUUGAGAUUAAGGGUAAUUUGGAGUCUGCUUACAAUGCUCUUGCCGCAAGAGUGGAGGUCACUACUUGUUGGGUAGAAGUGCCUGCCGAUGAAAUUCUCAGCGACUAUCCGUCAACAUUGAGAAAUCAGGCUCCUCCAAGACCCCCAACUCAAACUCAUACCAGGUAG